GACUUCGAAUUCCUGGACUUAUUCUUCAUAAACCCGGAAAUAAUUCUUAGCUAUCAUAUUUACCAUGGCCACUCAGCAUGGCUUUCAGGGGUUAGAAGAAAUUCUUUGCAAUGAAAGCACCUCCUCAAUGCGGUUUGAGUGGAUGAGGAUUGCUUCAUAUCACAAUUUUCCCGGUGGUCUACCGGUCAGCACACUCCGUCUUGCCAGAGCUGGACUUUACUACACGGGGAAUGGAAGUGAGUGUCGGUGUUACUUUUGUGGUUAUAGUAAUUGUGAUUGGAGUAAUGGGUAUACCACACACUCACUGUGAUCCUUUGGUUCCCCAUAGAACAUGUAGAAAUGUACCUAUUUCUCGGGUGGAUGCAUAUGACUCCACGCCAACACAACAAAAUUCUGGAGCAAUUGCUUUAGUAGAGCCAGAGGCAGACAGCUGUGUGACAUCGGAAAGGACUGGACAUCAUACAGGGCAGAAUCCGAUUGCUGAUCUCAGCAGGUCGGUUCUACAGACUAGCGAUGUUAACAGUUACAUAGACAGAUUGAGUACUUUCACAGACUGGCCAAGGCAAAUGUCCCAACAGCCGGAGGAAUUGGCAGCAGCUGGAUUUGUCUACACUGGAGUUGGAGACAGAGUUCAGUGUUCUUUCUGUGGGUUACAAUUGCACAAGUGGGAACCGAAUGAAACAGCUUUUCACGAGCACCUGCGUUGGUUUCCUCAAUGUCCAUUCAUCACAGAAUAUUUCCAGCAGCCUUUAAGCAUCAUAUCAACAAGUGGGUCAUCAGUAAUUGUUGAUCCAGCGGUGGUUAGAGAGGUCUUGCAAUGUGGAUUCCAGCAAAGAGACAUUGAGAAAGCAAUGAGUGAACUUAGCAUCAGUAAUGAAGAAGAAACUUCCUCGGAAAUUCUGAAGUAUUUCUUUCAGUUGGACCACAUGCAAGAAGUUGAUGAUGUUCAUUAUUCAUAUAAGGGGCCUUGUAUGGUUUGUGCCAAUGAGAGUAGAGGUACGCUGUUCUUACCCUGUACUCACAUCUGCUGCUGUCGUUGGUGUGGACAACUGUGUUGUCUAUGUCCACUUUGUAGAGCCAGGGUUAAGGCGCGGAUACAAGUAUAUAUCUCUUAACGAAGACAUUCCAAGUUCUACAGACCAAAGAUAUUUUGCCAAAAUUAUACAUAAUUUAUUAUUUUUUUAAAAUUGUUUCAAAUAUUUAAAAGAAAUCUCAUCCAUCUUACAAAUAAGUUGGUAACAUAUUACUUGGCACAUGCAUAUAUAUCUUACGAAUAAUUUCCAAGUCUACAGACCAAAGAUAUGUAUACAUGUGUA